AUGAUAAAAUUGAAUCUAACAACGACAAACACUCCAAUGAUACUUCCAGCGAUUCAAGUAAGCUAAGUGAAUUUAUUCUGGAUAAUGCACCUGAAACCUCAAAUACGGACAUGCAAUCACUCACUAGUUCUGAAGAAACAUUGGAAGCAAUACGAACUUUAUCUAAACUCAUAGAUGAAUU